UGGCUACCUAUCUUUACUUCUAUCGCGGUGAUUUUGGCAGCAAAAUUCAUCUCCAAAGUUGCCGAGCCCCUGAAUGCUUCUCGAACGGUUUGCCUUCCAAGGCUGAUGCCAGCGCCUUGGGUUCCAAUUCGACCCUCCAGCUGGAGUUAUCCUAUGAUACCUGCGAAGGGACUAUUAGUCUCACGGAAUGUUCCGUUUGAAUCCAUGCCUUAUAUUGCCGGUGUGGCCCUCCAGUUUGACUUGCUCAAGCCCAAUGAGUGCCAGGAAAUUAGCCUCCGUUUGCGUGACGACUCUGGUCUUGAUCGUGGCAGUGACAGCUUGCUGGCUGUUCAAAACUGGGCGCCUCUGAGAUUGAUCAUCAUUGGGAGUUCUCUUUUCACAGCUGGCAUCGUGGCCUGGGCGGUCGUGCUUGAAGAUUGGCCUGCAGUCAUUGCCGUUGUUCUCAUUUCACUCGCCAGCACUCUCAACGGUGUCGCCUCUAUUUCGAAGGCUCGGAGUCUUGAUGUCCAACCGUGCGAACCAGCCAGCGAUUUCGUUAUACGGGUCCCUGGAGAGGGCUUCAUUGUGGUACAUUGCGAUCAGAAGAUGACCGACCUACUAUCUUUUGAUGACGUGGUUUACGAUCAGGUUUUUGGGGAGACCACCUAUGGCAUUCUCGUUUUGGCUGCCGGUCUGUCCUCAGCGGUGGGAAUGUUCUUCUUAUACUGGUGCAGUCAACAAACGCUACUCGUCAUGGCUGCAUUUUAUCAGUUGUUGUGCUGCCUGUGUCUGGUAUGUUCCCAAAUACCCGGGACCGCACUGUCCUUGCACUGGGACAUUCAGGGGCUGGAGAUGGAGCGCAUGCAGACCACUAUCCAAUGGAGCUACAUCGAGUCCCUUCGGUUUGCAAGCAACGCCCUUGGUCGGACCGACUGGAUUCUCAAAGGGGGGUUCUUACCCGACACAGACCCCGUCCGGCGCUGGAUUUAUGAGGCAGAAAAACAUCUUGGGGAUCAUGAAUGGCAUGCUGCUGGCGCUUGGAACAAGUGUGGUGUGUAG